GAUUAAUAAUUCAAACUCACUGGGCAUUGGUCCUGCACGGCAGUGUCAUGUCGGAACAAAAAACAACUGCAGUAUUCACUGCAGCACUCAUUUCAAGCUAAACUCUGUAGUGAAAAUCAAUUCUAAGCGAAAUGCAGCUCUUCAAGAAUCAACCCGGGUGGACGCACGUUUUCGGCCAAAACUACCCCCUAGUUCGGCACUCCAGCGUAGUGCACUCAUUUGCGCGUAAACCGAUCCACCCGAGCAAGGGCAAGUGCAGCUGGAGAAGGAUCCGUCCCGGGUUGCGACGGCUGUUUCUGGAGUUUUGCUCCAACACUACGAUCCACGGCUGGCGCAACAUUGAAGCGGCGAAAUCGCUGCUGGAACGCGCCUGGUGGACGAUCGUGCUGGCCAUGUCCGUGUUUGGCUGUGCAGUUCUGAUUCAGAACGUGUACCACAAGUGGGACCAACAUCCGGUGAUUGUGAGCUUCGAUGAUACGCCCACUUCGGUGUGGAGCAUUCCAUUUCCGGCGAUCACCGUAUGUCCGGAGGCGAAGAUCCGAAUGGAGGUGAUGAACUUUACCGACGACUUCUACACGUACUUUCAUAGCAACGAAUCCUUGAGUGAGAUGAGGCAAGACCAACUGAUGGCUGUUUUGCAGAUUUGUGACGAAUUUUUCCAUAGAUUUGAAGCCUACCAAGAAAAAUAUCCCAACAACUCGUUGGACGUAGUGAAGUUUUUUAGGAAGCUUUCAGUGCGGAUGGAUAAAACGAUUAUUUGGUGCAGGCAAGGGGGCAAGUUAUGCGCUGAAGACUUUACCCAUACCCUAACUGAGGAAGGAAUUUGUUUCACCUACAACGGUUUAUCGCAAGAGGACAUGUUCAACGAUGGUGUCCUGCAUGAUGAAUACCGGUACUUGACAGAAACUAAAAGUGCCAUGAAUUGGACUCUUGAAGAUGGAUAUGCCCCAGAUACACCGUUUCUUACGCACCCAAAGCGAGGCACGGGAUACGCUAACCGGUUCAGGAUGAACCUGGCAAGCUACAACAGUGACGUCGAAGCCCAUUGCGUUGAAGAGCAGGGAUUUAAAGUGGUUCUGCAUUCACCGGACGAAUAUCCGCUUCCGUUUGCCAAGUACGUACUGCUGUCCCUAGAUCGAGACAUCAACGUCGCAAUCCGUCCGGAAAUCAUGGUCACAGCCUCCGAGCUGGCAACCUAUUCUCCGAUCCGCCGGCAGUGCUACUUCAGCCAUGAGCGUGAACUCAAGUUCUUCCGCGCGUACAACCAGAACAACUGCGAGCUGGAAUGUCUCACCAAUUUCACCCUGGCCAGGUGUGGUUGCGUCAAGUUCUCGAUGCCAAGAUCUGCCGGCACCCGAAUUUGCAGUACAGCUGAACAAAAGUGCAUCAUGGAAGCACACUAUAACAUGCUCAAGGUGCUAUCCGAAAGCCGGAUGAACAACAAGCUUAUCGUUUCAGCUUGCAGCUGCAUGUCAGCCUGUAGCUCGAUCCACUACCUUACCGAAGUAACUCAAUCCACCUACGACUACAUCGAAACCAUUGGGCUGCGGUUGAAUCCCUUGAAGCCAGACGCCGUCAAGCGGUUGGAAAACAUGGAAACGUCCAAAAUAAGCAUCUAUUUCAAGGGGGCCGAGUUCAUCGGGUCUCGUCGGAACGAAAUCUUCGGCCUGACGGACUUUAUCGCCAACUGUGGCGGCAUCUUGGGACUUUGCCUGGGAGCAAGCUUUGUGAGUCUGGUAGAGCUGCUGUACUACUGCGUUGCCCGGCCGCUGCAGCUGGUGAAGAAGUCUACGGGGCGAAAACGAAAGGUCGUCAUCGUGCAGGAAAAGGGCUACGAGCGAUACUGAUAUUUAACGCAAAAAGAUUUCACUUGAAACCUUGCUUUUAGGGGCGAUUGUGGUACCUGAUCACCAAUCCGAUUGCAGUUUUUUUUUAUUUUUCGUGACAGUGGGGUAGUACAACCCCUUUCAUUCUUUUUUGACGCCUGAUUCGUAGCGUACUCAAAAUUUCGAAAAAACGUAUUGUUCGUAAAGAAAAGAGUUAAUAUAGUUUCAAAUCACUGUCAU